AUGGCUACAGAAGAGAUCCUCGUGGCCCGUUCACCCGAGGCACAGGCGGAUGAACCGAUGGACACCCCCAUGGCUGAUCAUCCUUCUCCAAAUUCGAGUUCGGAGGACAAAGGAAGUGCUCUCGAUUCAAACUCGCAGUCUAAGAAGCGAUCGGCCUCGACCUCGGAACCCAAUGGCUCGACAAAGGUGACAAAGCGAAGGGCGGCGAGGGCCUGCAUCAGUUGUAGAAGCCGAAAGGUAAGGUGCGACGUUGUUGAGGGAGCACCUUGUGGUAAUUGCCGGUGGGAUGGAGUUGAAUGCAUUGUGCAAGAAAGUCGUCGAAGAAGAAAGAACCUCUUCCAUUCGAAUUCAUCAACCGUCUCCCAUAACAGCGCCGCCCCACAGGCUGCCGAGGCACAGUUGAGAGCGAAGCCCGCGAAUCCUAUUGCCAUCGCUUCUGCUGCACCAUCAUUGCGGCGCGCUAGCGAGGUAUCUCAACCUUCGCCUGUUGCCAAUGAUGUAACUGGUUCAGGGUCUGUCUUGGAUGGAGGCGUGGAUAGUCACGUUCCUCACAUGCUAUAUCAACGAUCAGGCUUACGCCCUGACCCGGUUCUGCUCUCUACCCUUCAAGCUGGUAACAAUGGGUCGAGGUAUCCAAGUAUAUGGCCUAAUCCAAACACGUGCCAAAACUCGAGUUCGGCUUCCGUCGGAGGGGCUUUGAGGACUGCACAAUUCCUCAACUCCCUGGAGGAGCCGGAUGCCUCCUCACAAUUGCCUGCCUUCAUCCGGCCGCUUCCCGCUAAGAUUGCACCCGAAGAUGUCGCCUAUCUUCAUACCAAAGGAGCCCUCUCGCUGCCUAGUCUUAGCCUCCAGAAUGCCCUACUCGUCGCCUACGUCGAGUAUGUGCACCCUUACAUGCCUCUCAUAGAACUGCAUGAUUUCUUGGGCAUGAUCAAUUCCCGAGAUGGGUUGUACGGGCAGACGAGCCUGUUUCUCUACCAGUCCGUCAUGUUUGCCGCGACUGCCUUCAUUGAUGUGAGGCACCUGAAAGAGGCAGGCUACGUCAGCAGAAAAGCUGCUCGGAGAGACUUUUUCUACAAGGCCAGGCUCUUAUACGAUUUCGAUUACGAAAGCGACCGCCUCAUCCUUGUGCAGGGGCUGCUGUUAAUGACGUAUUGGUAUGAGACGCCGGAUGACCAGAAGGAUACAUGGCAUUGGAUGGGAGUUGCGAUAUCGUUGGCCCACACGAUCGGAUUACAUCGAAACCCAGCCAACACCAACAUGUCGUCGCGGAAACAGAAGUUGUGGAAGAGGAUUUGGUGGUCUUGUUUCAUGCGGGAUCGCUUAAUCGCCCUGGGCAUGCGGCGGCCCACCCGGAUAAAGGAUGAGGACUUCGAUGUCCCGAUGUUGGACGAACACGACUUCGAGAUCGAACCACUCGCAGACGAAAUUCAAAUUAUCGGCCCGGAGUGUACCCUAAUGCGCGAUGUCCUAAUGCAGCAAGAGCUCGCCCUGAUGUGCAUCGCCAAAGCAAAGCUCUGCCUUUGCAUUAGCCGUAUGCUGAAAGCUCAGUAUUCGGUUCUGAUCAGGGACAAAUCGAGAGCUGAGAACACCACGAACAGUACGAUGAUGUUAUUCCCCAACAAGCAGCUGGAUAAUGUGGAAAGUGUCAACUCGUGUGACUUGGAGCUUAUGUCGUGGAUACGGUCUCUGCCUGCCUGCUGUCAGUAUAGGCCAUUAUCAACAUUGGACAUCAAGAAUGGCCGUGCGACGGUUGCCGUGCAGCGCAAUCUACUUCACAUGGUGUAUUACACCACGAUAUCCGCUCUCCAUCGACCCCAAUUUCUCCCAUCUUCGCCGACCCAUGCACCGCAAACGUCGGUUCAAGCUCAAGAGAUGUCGAGAGCAAGGGUUCGGGACGCGGCAGCGCAAAUCACUCGCAUGGUUGUUGAGUUGCAUGGCCUGCGCCUCGAAAAAUAUCUACCCACAACUGGCGUUACUGUGGUCCUCCCCGCCAUGAUCAUCCAUCUCUUGGAAAUGAAGAACCCACUACCACAGCCCCGCGAGAUUGCCAUACGCGGCUUCAAGCAAUGUAUGAAGGUUAUGGAAAAGUUGCGUGAUAUCUACGCGGCCGCCGACUACGCGGUCGCAUUCUUAGAUGCAGCGUUACGAAAAGCGGCUAUCGAUCUACAGAUCGUGCAGAGUCAGGGGUAUAACAGCGGCGUGAACAACAUCAAAAUAGGACUCUCGCAAUUCGCUACCACCACGCCGGUUAAUCACAUCGCAACGCCGCCGCCAGAGAACGCGCCAUAUGCCACGACGCAAGAAGCGGCCCUGUUUCCAAAGCAGACGACGCAACAAUUUGUGCCGCCGGUUGAUCUAAUGGCGUCCACUGCUCACUCACCCCCGCACACUGAGAAGGACGUGCUCACGCCGAGUGCAAGCGGAUCAUCAGAUGGACAUGCGGCUCCGUUAGAUCUAGAGAUGGACUUCGAUACACUGGAUAGCCAUGACGAAUUUGACUGGAAUGCGCUUACGGGUACAAACAUCGACUUCGACCAGUGGCUGCAGUUUCCCAGCGAGAGCAAAGGGGCCGGGACAAAUGGUGGAGCAGGUACCGGCGUGGUUUCAAUGAGCGAUGUCGACGGGUCGGCCAAUUUUAAUGUAGGGUUGCUCGAGACCUCCGGUCAGGGCGUCAUCUCCUGA